AUGCCACAGCCUGAUGACUACACGGUCGGCUGGAUUUGCGCUAUAAGAACGGAGUAUGUGACUGCACGAGCAUUUCUCGACGAGGAACACGAAGGACCUACAGCUGUGUCACCCAAUGACAACAACGCUUAUACGCUGGGUAAAAUUUGGGGGCACAAUGUUGUUAUUGCCGUGUUACCUGACGGGGAGUAUGGCACAUCCUCUGCUGCUAGUGUCGCAAGAGACAUGAUGCAUAGCUUUUGUAAUGUCAGAAUAGGCCUGAUGGUCGGGAUUGGCGGUGGUGCGCCGAGCCAAAGGCAUGAUAUCCGUCUGGGCGACGUUGUGGUCAGCGCUCCUCGAGACGGAAAGGGUGGCGUAUUUCAGUAUGACUUUGGCAAAACCAUUCAAGAUCAGAGCUUCAAGCCAACGGGAUUUCUUAAUCAACCUCCGGCCGUCCUGCGCACGGCAAUGACUGUACUCAGCGGCCAGUACGAGAGCGAUGGGCAUGGCCUUGAAGGGGAUAUUAACAACAUCCUCCUACAGAAGAAAAGACUCCAGAAAGCAUACAGUCGGCCACAUCAAAGCCUCGAUAGGCUUUACCGUUCUGAUGUCGUGCACCCUAGAUAUUGCGAUAAUUGUUCAGCAAUCUGUAGUACUGAUGUAAUGAGGGUAGCGUUGCGACCCGAAAGGACUGAAGACGAGGAUAAUCCGGCAAUCCACUAUGGCAUCAUUGCCUCUGGAAAUCAGUUAAUGAAGGAUGCUUUACUUAGGGAUAAGCUUGCGGCAGAAGAGGAUAUACUAUGCUUUGAAAUGGAAGCGGCAGGGCUGAUGAAUCACUUUCCUUGCCUGGUCAUCCGCGGUAUAUGCGACUAUUCGGAUUCCCACAAGAGCAAAGAAUGGCAGGGCUAUGCCGCAAUGACAGCAGCUGCAUAUGCAAAAGACCUUCUCCGUCGAAUAGCUCCCAACAGGAUUGAAGCUGAGAAGAAGAUUAGCGAAGUUCUUUCUGGCGUCCAGCAAAGCAUUGACGAAGUCAUCCAAGUGCAGCAUGACCAAGCUAAUAAAGAUUUUCUUGAUUGGCUUACGCCAAUCGAAUAUGGCCCUCAACAUAGCGACUUCUUCAACAGACGAGAGCCGGGAACUGGUCAAUGGUUUUUAGGCUGCGAUGAGUACCAGACGUGGUUGGACUCUCACAAGAACACACUAUUUUGCCCGGGCAUUCCAGGAUCAGGCAAAACUAUUCUCACAGCGAUCGUGAUCAACGAUCUCAUUACAAGAUUCGGGAAUGACCCAACAAUUGGCAUUGCGUACAUCUACUUCAAUUUCAGGCAAAAAGACGAGCAAAAGAUUGAAUACUUGAUGGCGAGUCUGCUGAAACAGCUAGCUCGAAGCCAGUCUUUCCCAGAAAGUGUAAAAGAUCUCUUUAGCCAACACAAAGAAAGACGGACGAGACUAUCCACGGACGAAAUCUCAAAGGCUCUCCAGGUGGUCGCAACUAUGUACUCGAAAGUGUUCAUCAUCGUCGAUGCGCUUGAUGAAUGUCAACCUUUUAAUGACUGCGGACUGAGACUCCUCUCAUAUAUUUUCGAUCUCCAAGCCAACAGUGUAACGAAUCUCUUUGCAACUUCACGACCCAUUCCAGAUAUUGAGGGACAAUUCAAGACGCACCUCAGACGUGAGAUUUCAGCCACUAAUGAAGACGUGCGUACAUAUCUUGAUGGCCACAUGUCAGAUCUCCCAAGAUGUAUCUUGAACAGGCCGGAUAUACAAGAAAAAAUCAAGACUGAAAUUGCAAGUGCCGUGGAGGGAAUGUUUCUACUUGCGCAACUUUAUCUGGAUUCGCUCAAAGACAAGACAUCUGUAAAGCAAAUAAAGUCCUCACUGGAGCGAUUUAAUAAGCAAAACCAACUAGGAUUAGGAGAAGAUAAAAAACGCAGAGUCCUAGAAAAGGCAUAUGAACAAGCAAUGGACAGAAUAAACAGUCAAAUGCCGGGCUUUCAAGUACUUGGAAAGAAGGUCUUGGCAUGGAUCACCAGCGCAAAACGGCGACUAACCACUUUGGAACUCCAACAUGCCCUUGGAGUAGAGGUCGGAAGCACUGAGCUUGAUCCGGAUAAUCUACCAGAGAUUGAGGACCUGAUCUCAGCAUGUGCUGGAUUGGUUACGUUUGAUAAAGAGAGCAAUGUCAUCCGUUUAGUUCACUACACAACGCAAGAGUACUUCGAUCGAACACGACAAGAUUGGUUUCCGGAUGCAGAGGCCGAUAUCACUGAAGUAUGCAUUACUUAUCUCUCUUUCAGUAUCUUCGAGAGUGGAUGCUACCAAUUUUUGUCUAGAGAACACGGGCGGCUACGAUCAAAUCCACUCUACAGCUACGCUGCGCAUAACUGGGGACAUCAUGCUCGCGCCGCUCCAGACAAACGGCUAAUUCUUGAUUUUCUGGAGGAUGAAGCUAAGGCGUCUGCCUCAUACCAGGCAUUAAUCUUUAUUGAAUACGGAUACCAUACGAACGUAGUGGAUGAGGAAAUAGUGAGCAUUCAUCUUGCAGCGUAUUUUGGCCUAAUGUGCAUGACUUCUUUGCUUAAGAAUGGGCAUAAUGUAGAUUUUAGGGAUUACCAUGGACGUACGCCACUCUCGUGUGCUGCCGCUAAGGGGCACGAGGCCACCGUGAGGCUGCUGCUUGAACACGGCGCUGACAUGGAGGCGGAAGAUAAUUCUUGCUGGACGCCAAUUUCGCAAGCUGCUUUGUAUGGGCAUGAGGACAUUGUAAAGCUCCUGCAUGAGAAAGGCGCCAAUUUUGAGGCGAAAGAUAAUCAGGGUUGGACACCACUUCUUUUGGCUAUAGAAGAUGGACAUGAGGCCAUCGUAAGACUCCUGCUUGAGAUGGGCGCCGACAUCAAGGUGACAAUAUCCAGUGGGUGCACGCCGAUUUACUAUGCUGCUUCACAUGGGCAUGAGUCUAUUGUUAGGCUACUAGUUGAGAGGCACGCCGACGUUGGGGCGGCAGAUGUCAGUGGGUCGACGCCGCUUCAUGAGGCUGCUAGAUCUGGCUACGAGUCUACUGUUAGGGUCCUGCUUGAGAAGGGCGCCGAUAUCAUGGCGAUAGCUGAAUACGAAGGGACGCCCCUUCAUUUGGCGGCUAAAUUUGGCCAUGAGUCUACUGUUAGGCUCCUGCUUGAGAAGGGCGCCGAUAUUGAUAGCAUAGAUUGGAAUUAUGGUGACACAGCGCUUCACCUAGCUGCUACUUGGGGGAACGAGUCUACUGUCAGGCUCCUUCUUGAGAAAGGCGCCGACACCAGUAUAACAGAAACGUAUUUUGGUCAUACACCGCUUCAGCGGGCUGCUGAACACGGGCAUGAGUCUAUUGUCGUGUUGCUGGAACAACACUCUCGAUAA